AUGUUUCCCUUGACUGAUAUCACACAGAGUUCAGGAUGGCUUAUCCUUUUUGGCUUCAUUUUUGUCUCCUUGACCGUAUAUCUUUUAUCGCAGUGGAAAGAUGACCGUAAAAAAGAGAAACAGACACCCAUUUCAGAUGUUAAAAUCAACAUCGAACCGACCUCCUACCCACCAGUGACCCCCCUUCUGGAAUUCGAAUGGCAGAAUAAAGAACCAGUGAAGCUGCGCCCGUUCAAACCAAAAUACAAUCUUACAAUGAGCAUCGAACAAACCACCGUCGAUGACCUCAUCGAAAUGGACAAGAACUACCUCGACCGGAUCACCCUGCGCAGGAUUAUCAUACACAAUCAUCCCGAAGCCGUCCUUGCAGCCGAAUCCUGCGCCAAACCAGCCAUCGACGAGUUUUACAUCUGGCUGGUGGGAACAUUUCUUCCUACACGAUUUCCUCGAAUGUUUCGCCUGGACCAACACGCAUCGAUCCUCCAUAGUCUGGUUACAGAUGAGAGGCUGUCAAUCUUCCCAGCAGACAGCCCGGUAGAUACACUACGCAUACUAGGUAGCCUCGUCGACGAUGAUCUUUUAUUCCUUCUUCCAUCCUCUGAUGGCGAUGGAUACACCUUAAAAGGAUUUGUAACGUGUUUUCCGAAUGGAUUCGACACAGCCAAAAAGCUGAACCUCAAGCUGAGGGAUAUCCACAAACCUGUUCCCAAGUAUAAAGAGAAGCUGGAAAAGAGCAUGGAUCGGUAUUUUGAGCGGUUGAGGAGUGGGCAAUUCAUCAAGCGGGCGAACUGGACGAUUACAACGACAGACGCCCUGUUUGCUGCGCAUGGUAACCAUCUGUAUGAGGGAGAAAGCAUUCCACAGGAAGAUAUCAACAUUGACACGGCUCGCGUCCGCUGUGAACGACAGAUGCUGCAUCGACUGCCCCAAAGUCGUGCUAUAUUAUUCUCAUUCAAGACAUAUCUCUACCCUCUACCAGAAAUCAAGCAAGAAGGACUUGGAGAGACACUCGCUGAAGCCAUUGAUGGACUGAAACAGGGCAAUGCACCGGGAUUUUAUUUCUACAAGCGGGCUGCUGUUUGGGGAGAAUCUGUCAAGCAUUAUCUGCGGAGUUGAUAAGCUGCUGACUUAUAUGAUGAACUCAAAUAUAUUCUACGAUACCUCAGCAUAUGAACCGUCUAUGGUUACACUUCAUUUAUUAGCUGUCAGUUUCGCCCCCAAAGGAGCACAAGGCUGUGGGACGAUCAGGAGAAACCCUGCAAAAUGACACCAACAGAGUGCGGGCUGAAGGUUAAAUUACCCCUCCUGCUAUUAUAUAAAGACUAAAUAUCCCU